UCAACUUUCUAGCAGGAGAGCGAUCAUGGAGGUGGUGCCAGCUGAGGUGAAUAGUUUGCUUCCAGAGGAGAUAAUGGACACUGGUAUAACUUUAGUGGAUGAUGAUAGUAUUGAGGCUGUUAUUGUUUCAUCCCCAAUUCCCAUGGAGACAGAACUGGAAGAAAUUGUCAACAUAAAUUCUACUGGUGACUCUACAGCCACGCCCAUUUCCACGGAACCAAUCACAGUGUACAGUAACCACACUAACCAAGUUGCAGUGAAUACCACAAUUACUAAAGCAGAUUCUAAUACCACAGUGAAACCAGCUUUUCCAAGUGGCCUUCAAAAACUUGGUGCUCAGACUCCUGUGACUAUAUCAGCCAAUCAGAUUAUUUUAAACAAAGUAUCACAGACAUCAGAUCUUAAACUUGGCAAUCAGACCCUUAAACCAGAUGGACAGAAGUUAAUUUUAACAACUUUGGGCAAGUCUGGUUCACCAAUUGUUUUAGCACUACCCCAUAGCCAACUACCCCAGGCUCAGAAAGUUACAACUCAGGCCCAGUCAGGAGAUGCUAAAUUGCCACCGCAGCAAAUUAAAGUAGUUACCAUUGGAGGGAGGCCAGAGGUGAAACCUGUCAUUGGUGUCUCAGCAUUGACCCCAGGAAGUCAACUGAUUAAUACUACAACUCAGCCCUCUGUGUUACAGACCCAACAGUUAAAAACAGUACAGAUUGCUAAGAAGCCUCGAACACCAACCUCUGGUCCAGUAAUCACGAAGCUGAUCUUUGCAAAACCAAUUAAUAGUAAAGCAGUUACAGGACAGACAACUCAAGUAUCACCACCAGUCAUUGCAGGUAGGGUUCUUUCACAGUCUACUCCUGGGACUCCAUCAAAGACCAUAACAAUAUCUGAAAGUGGUGUUAUUGGAUCAACUUUAAAUUCUACAACACAGACACCAAAUAAAAUAGCCAUCUCACCUUUGAAAUCGCCAAAUAAGAGCAUAAUCCCAUCAGAGUCUGCCAGUCGGCCCAGAAAACCCUGUAAUUGUACAAAAUCGCUGUGUUUGAAAUUAUAUUGUGAUUGCUUUGCAAAUGGUGAAUUUUGCAACAACUGCAAUUGUACUAAUUGUUAUAAUAAUUUGGAACAUGAAAAUGAAAGGCAAAAAGCAAUAAAGGCAUGCCUUGACAGAAAUCCAGAAGCUUUUAAGCCUAAGAUAGGGAAAGGAAAGGAGGGAGAAUCAGAUCGACGUCACAGCAAAGGAUGUAACUGCAAACGAUCAGGAUGUCUUAAAAACUACUGUGAAUGCUAUGAGGCAAAAAUAAUGUGUUCCUCAAUAUGCAAAUGUGUUGGCUGUAAGAAUUUUGAAGAAAGCCCAGAAAGAAAGACACUGAUGCACUUGGCAGAUGCAGCUGAAGUCAGGGUACAGCAACAAACAGCAGCGAAAACGAAGUUAUCUUCUCAAAUUUCGGACUUGCUUACUAGGCCAACACCAGCUUUGAAUAGUGGAGGAGGAAAAUUGCCAUUUACAUUUGUAACUAAGGAAGUAGCCGAAGCCACGUGUAAUUGCCUUCUUGCCCAGGCAGAGCAGGCAGACAAGAAGGGAAAAUCAAAGGCAGCCGCCGAACGGAUGAUACUUGAGGAAUUCGGACGAUGUUUGAUGAGCGUCAUCAACUCUGCAGGAAAAGCAAAAAGUGACCCUUGUGCCAUGAAUUGCUAACUCUUGCACAAAAGACUGAUAAAUGGAACUCUACAGAAAAUUGAAGGUGCAGGGACACUUGAUUUUCUGGAAGAUAGUUUAACAAUUAUUGUAUUGUUAAUUCAGUCCUUGUGAGACCUGAAAUAAUAUUGAAAGAGGAGAAAUUUUAAAUGAGGAAAUUAGUACAUUUUAAAUCUUAGUUAAAUCUGUUUAUGCCCCUCCUAAAUUGAGUUUUUCUUUAUUGUAUUAUAUGGAUUUUUAAUUUGCAUGGGUUUCUUAAGAAUUAGAUGUUCUAUCCUUCUGAUUCUAUUGACAAAGGACAUUUAUAAAUUACUGUAAUUUAUAACAUAUGGUGUUGUAUGACUUUGUUCCAGUAGAAAAAGCCAAAGAACCAUUGGUAUUGCCCAGUCAUUCUUUGGCACUAGACGUAAGCAGAUAGAAUAUCUACAUAAACAAAUUCUUAUGAAACAUAUUCAAAUGACAUUUUGUGUUUAGAAAAGCACUGUCUUUUUAAGAAAAACCAGCUUUUUAGCACAGAUUCUGGAAUAACAUCCUGUUGUCACUUUGGAAAUGUCAGAAGGGGAAGUAAUCCAUAGGCACACUUUUAAAAUAAAAAGGUUUUUAAAAAAACAAAGUGUUAAGGGACAGUAAAUAGUUCUUAAUAGGCAAUGUGUUUCUCUAAGGAGUGACUAAGAAAUGCUCUAGAGUGUUUCCGUUUUCUUUGAAGGAGGUGGUGUGCAUUUGAAAUGAUAAUAAAUUGUCAGAGUGAUUACCGGGUACUAUUAAAAGUGAGAGGUGCAUAUGAAUAGAACUUAAUAUUAUGUAGUGAUGAUACAGAACCUUACAUAAUUAUCAGGUAUAAAAUUUGGCUUGGAUGGAGAAAUAAAGAACAUUGAAGCUCUAAUAGAUGAAUUUAGGAAGGAUUUUUCAUCUAUACAGUUCUCUUUAUAGACUUUUGAACUAAGAGGUCUCAAUCCAAUGUAUGAGUCUUACUUGGUUUACUGAAAGGGCCUCCUAACAAAACUUUCAAAAUUAUAGUGGGAUUUCUUUUUUUAAGGGAAGCUUAAUAUGGCAUUCUUUUUAGUCAGUGAUUUGAUAAGCUGAAGGUAUGAGUGUUUUCUUAUUACUACUAAAAUAACCUAAAUCAUUUUCACUAAUUCAGAAUUCAAAAGCUUUAUGAAUUUAAGAGCCAGUAAUAAGACUCUGGAUUUUAUGACAAGAAAAAACCAUGUUGGAAUUCAGGCAUUUUGUUAGGUACCUUAAUCCUCAGUAAUUAUUAGUGUAUGAUUAUUACAUUUCCUACAAGGAAUCUAUAGUUGUAUGUAUUAAGUGUGUAUAUAUGUUCAUAUGAACACACAAGAUAUAGGCAAUAGAAAUUAAGUAAUCCAAAAGAAGAUUCCGUUAUUCAAUGAAGUAUCUUCCUUUUGAAAUUUGGAUUUAUAAAAUUAUAGUGCAGUAACUUUAAAUGUAGAUAGUGCAGACAUUCUUAGCACCUCAGUCUAGUAUGUUUAAUUAAAAUUUGUAUAAAUGUAAAUUAGUGUAAGAGGAUAAAAUUAUCUAAUCAAGUUAUUUUUCAAAAGAUUACAAUACCUUUUUGGUCUAAACCUAAACUUUGUUCAUUUUGUACAUAUUCUGUGUUUAAUUCUAAUUGCACCUUUGUGAUGUGUAUUUAUAUACAGUGUGCAGAAAAUGUUUGUGAAAUUUGGAUUACAAUUGUAGAUUAUGUAUGACGGCAUUGCUUGAGAAUGUUUUGCUUGUAAAAACUUGAAGGUGCAAUCAAAUGCUACUAGUUUUUCUGAUUUUCAAGAAGCUAUCUAAAGUAUUAAGACUUUUCCUUCCUGUGUAGUACUUACUAAGCAACUUUUUGUAUUUAGGCAUUUGCAUCAAAUUGCUGAACAAGAUUAAUAUCCACAUUAAUUCAACAAUUUUAAAAGACUAUUUGGGGAGGGUUGGGUAUAUAAUUUUUUUAGCUCUCUUUACAUCCCAAAGUAGAAAGAUUAAAUUUAUAUUUACUAGAGCUAUUCAAAGAAUACACUUUUCUAUAUUGUAAAAACAGGACAGCAAAGUAAAUCAUACAGAAAAUAAACAUUUAUACUAUUCUGUAAAAAAAGGGUUUUGUUUUCUUUAAAAACACUUUUAACCAGGUUACAAGAAACUUUUAAAAUCUGAUUUUAAGUAAAUUUGACAUUACUUCUGAAAGCACACAACUAAAAAAUAAGUCUGUCGUUUUACCCAAUUAUGAUUAAGCUAAAUUGCUUUGAAAUGAAGAAUAUGUCUUUUUUUCCACUGUGUAAGGGCAGAAACUCGGUCUACUUUUUCCUUUCUUUUAAUGUUUGAUGUUUUUAUGCUGAGCACCUUUCCUAGUUUCCUUUUCUCUCAAGAACUAAAAGCAAUCUGUAGGUCUUAUCUCUGGAUUAUGUAGGAAACAGAACCUUAAUGUUGCCGGCAAUAAAACAACCAGAGCAGCAACCAUAAGGAGACUACUGCUUUAGCUUCCCUAUUCUUUCAUAGGGACAACUGACAUUUUCUCCAUCUUAUGUAAAAUGUGAAUAAAAAUACCUUUAGAAAAGUUUUCCACUUUUAUUGUUCUGUAACACAAGUAGUUAAGAAAAUAAAUACCUAUGUAAAUGCAGCUUCAAAGCAGGAUCUCCAGCAUCAUGUUGCAUCCUUUUUCAGCAUUUUAUGUAGAAAUUC